CCAAAUCAGAAAAAUCAUGGAAAAAUCCAAAUCCCUAAAACCCCAUAUCAUUACCGGCUUUUAUGGCCUAAACUUCCCAAAUCUGUUGACAUUAAACCCUAGUCACAAACUGCCGUCGGCGAUCGCUUUCGCUUUGACGCUAUAUAUACAUCUGCAGUCCCUGUCCCCCUCUCUGAUUUGUCUUUCGGUCUUUAUCAAGACAAGUUUUCUUUUGCUGAUAGAGCUGAAGUUGAAACAGUUGAUCCAUGUGAUUUUUUGUUCGUCGAAGGUUGAGUUUUUUUGGACCAUCCAGCCCGUUGAGUCUUGCCGAACAACACGGUCGAGGCGGCAAUCUCCAUUCUAGACCGUCGAGGUUGCGCAGGCCGACGUCGGCAGUGGUGGCGGAACUCCACUCUAAUUUGUUCUUCGAAGACGUUGAGGGAGAUGGGGUGUGACUAAAGCUCCCCAUAUUUUAAUGAAUGACAAAUUUUGCUUCCAGAAAGCAUUUGGGUAGAUCCAUGCCCCAAAAUUUGCUCUUCAGCGCUAUCUUCAGUUUCUGUGAUGAGCAAUGGGAGAUUCCAUUUCGAUUAUGGUGUUUUGAAGUCCCUGUUUGAUAUAACAAUUUGGAGAUUCUUUGGUUUUCCUUCUUCUCAUUACUAGAAUAAAGGGAGAAAAUGUCUACCCGAACUGUACAAAAUAUUCGAGUUGAUUUCAAGCAUCUCGCAGCUAGAGCUAGAUCUGGUUUAACCCGCAUUUUUGGGGUUCCCACUCCUCGAUCUAGCUAUGCCAUAAAGGCAAAAGUCGUUACUCGUGGGAAGAAAAAGACUGCCAUCAAAGCUUCAAGCAGAUUGGUACUUCAACGGUCCUAUAGUUCCAUUGGAGGUAUGGCCGGCGAUGAUGCAAAGAAGUCCAAGCCCAAGGCUAAUGCAAGCGGCGGAGGGAAAAAGAAAGAGAUGAAGAAAGAGACUGGUCUUGGGAUUUCGUAUAAGAAGGAAGACAACUUUGGAGAGUGGUAUUCAGAGGUUGUUGUCAAUGCUGAAAUGAUCGAAUACUAUGAUAUCUCUGGCUGCUAUAUUCUGAGGCCAUGGACGAUGGCUGUUUGGGAGAUCAUGCAAGCAUUCUUUGAUGCAGAAAUUAAGAAAAUGAAAAUAAGGAACUGCUACUUCCCUCUUUUUGUAUCUCCUGGUGUUCUAGAGAAGGAGAAGGAUCACAUAGAGGGUUUUGCUCCAGAGGUGGCAUGGGUGACAAAAUCUGGGAAAUCUGACUUGGAAGUUCCUAUUGCAAUUCGCCCAACUAGUGAGACUGUUAUGUAUCCGUACUAUUCUAAGUGGAUUAGGGGACACCGUGACUUGCCUUUGAAGCUUAACCAGUGGUGCAAUGUUGUUCGAUGGGAGUUCAGCAAUCCUACACCAUUUAUCAGGAGCCGAGAGUUUCUUUGGCAGGAAGGGCAUACUGCUUUUGCAACAAAGGCUGAGGCAGAUGAGGAGGUCUUGCAGAUAUUGGAAUUGUAUAAACGUAUAUACGAGGAGUUCUUGGCAGUUCCUGUUAUAAAGGGCAAAAAGAGUGAAAUGGAGAAGUUUGCUGGUGGCCUAUACACAACAAGUGUUGAGGCAUUUAUUCCCAACACUGGUCGUGGUAUACAAGGUGCAACUUCACAUUGUUUGGGCCAAAAUUUUGCAAAAAUGUUUGAGAUAAACUAUGAGAAUGAGAAGGGGGAGAAGUCUAUGGUGUGGCAGAACUCUUGGGCCUAUAGUACACGAACGAUUGGGGUGAUGGUGAUGGUUCAUGGGGACGACAAAGGCCUGGUGUUGCCACCUAAAGUUGCAUCUGUUCAAGUUAUUGUAAUUCCAAUUCCUUAUAAAGAUGCCGAUACGAAGGGAAUCUUUGAUGCCUGUGCUGCUACUGUUGAGACCUUGUGUGGAGCAGGAAUCCAUGCUGAGGCUGAUUUCAGAGAUAAUUACUCACCUGGCUGGAAAUAUUCUCACUGGGAAGUGAAAGGUGUUCCUUUAAGAAUUGAAAUCGGCCCGAAAGACUUGGCCAAUAACCAGGUACGUGCUGUGCGGCGCGACAAUGGAGCAAAAAUAGAUAUAAGUAGGGUCAAUUUGGUUGAGGAAUUGAAAGACUUGAUCGACAAUAUUCAACAAAGCCUGUUUGAUGCUGCAAAACAAAGGCGAGAUUCUUGCAUCCAAGUCAUAAAUACCUGGGAUGAAUUUAGGGAGGCUCUCGGUCAAAGGAAAUUGAUCUUAGCUCCUUGGUGUGAUGAGGAGGAGGUGGAGCAAGAUGUAAAGGCAUGUACAAAAGGUGAGAUGGGAGCAGCUAAGACACUUUGUUCUCCAUUUGAUCAGCCAGAACUUCCUGAAGGCACAAAAUGCUUUGCUUCGGGGAAGCCCGCUCGGAAAUGGACAUACUGGGGAAGAAGUUACUAGUGCCUGUUUGGCACAGCGGUACCCAAUUUUGUAGACUGCAAGAUACAGCUAGACCCAAUUUUGUAGACUGCAAUUCAUAGAGAGAUUCUGCUUUCGAACUGUUGAUGUGCCUUUCAUCAAUUAAGUCUUUGUUUGCCAUGCCAGAUUAAAGUGCAAAGUUUGAAAGAUCGGAUACACUUAAUAUGUUUUAACAAAAGAAAUAGAUUUAUGAAAGCAAUGCUGGGGAGAAUCUUUCAGAGUGGUG